CGCCAGGGGGCGUUGUGGCCCCUGUGUCGCGACCAGCUUGAUUGACGGGGCGUUCUCAAUCCGCUGCGCGCACUCGUCUAACCGAGCAUGUGGGGAGCAUCUCGUACCUCUGCAGAAAGGAGAAGAAGCUGGAAUGAUGGGGGAGAAGAGAGAGUCUUUCCAUCUAUAUGGAUCGCUGGAGCGUGCACCGCGGAGCACAGGCAGCCACAAAGCAGAGGGCGACGUGGUGUCCAUGGCGGACUCCAGCAUCACCGUGGACGAUAUCGAGGGUGAGCUCUUCAAAAUCAACCGCAUCAGAGACAUUCUGGUUCGGAGGGAGUCAGAACUCAGAUACAUGAUGGAUGACAUUCAGCUGUGCAAGGAGAUCACUCGGCUGAAGAAGGAGCUGCAAAAAUUUGUGUCACUACCAGACAACGACAAGUCGGAUGAGGAUCGACAAAGGGAGGAAGAACUUCUACAGCAAAUCCAUAAACUGGUGGAAACCAGAGACUUCCUGGUGGAUGACGUGGAGUUCGAAAGACUCAGGGAGAAAGAAGAAGAUAAAGAAAUGGCAGAUUUCCUGAAGUCCAAAUUCCAGAGACAGAAAAAAGUUCUGAGCAGGCGACCAGCAACCAGGGCUCAGCAGAAGUCAUCUCCUCUCACCAAAACGGGCUUCGCCCUGCUGAAGGAAUGCUGUGGCAGCACUUGCUCCGUUAUGUAGCUUAAGAUCGAGUCUCGCUCACAGAUAAGAUAUUUCCUAAUUCAUCUCACCCAUGUGCCUCACGCCCCCGCCGUCAUUACUAAAAUCUGCCAUUUGUCUCAUGUUUUGAAAAAGUGUAGCACACAUUUAUUAUCGAACCAAGACUAAAAUGGAGCUACGAGCGUCUCGCUUUAGACAGUAUGCAGCAUUUCGGUUGUUCAGUUUUCAAGGAGCAUCAACAUUAACUAGAGUGACAUUCAUCACCAACUCAAAACAUAUUUCCCCAUUGGAAUGAAUGGAACUGCUGUUUAUCUGUUCCAGGUUUGCGAAUUAGUGGCAUAAUUUGAGGACAAACUUUCCCAAUUUGUGGAUCUCUUUGUUUGCAGGUUAAUCGCAGGGACCUGAGGCAAGUUUUUAUUAAACAAUUAAAAUAUGACAAGAUGAUAUAUUACUAAUUGUUUUUCUUUUUUAUAUUUAUAAAAAUAUGGAUGGUAAUGACCGUCACCGCUCACCUGUUUUUGUUUGUUUGUUUUUUGGGCAAGCAGGGUCACAGGUAAGUCAGGUACAACUGUACAUGCAAUCACUUUCCUCAUUGAAAUACCAUUAAUAGUUUAUAGCACCGCCCCCCCCACCCCUAAAAAAAAAGUUUUGUUUUUUGGGGGGGUUACAUUUUAAAUCAGAAAAAUAGCAUUGUAAUGUAAAAUAUAUAAAUAUAAAAACAUUAUAAAACAAAAUGUAAAAACUUAAUGUGGUUUUCUGAAGUCUGUUUAAGCCAAAAGUUUCACACACUGUCCUUUAAGAGACUUGGCCAAGUGAUUUACAUCAGGACCUCAGACUCUGAUUAGCUGUUUACCAUACGAUUAGUUCCGUGUCAGCGUCUCCUCCAUACUCCUUGCGGGUGUUUUCAUUUUGUAUUUCUGUGUUGGAACUGUUCAAUAAAAAGCUGAACGUUCAUACUUAAAUGUUGCGCUCCUCCUUUUUUCUUUUUUUUUUUUGUUUCUUCUUUUUAGUGGCAGGGUAUCUACAGCCGGAUGGUAACACAGAUGGUACAACAUCAGUACACCGUACAUCCAUUCGCAAUAAUAUCCAGAGUUAAUAUGAUAGAUUGCUGUCUAUGGUUUGAAUGAACGGGUGGUUGCGUAAGGUUCUCGGAUCAUCUGACCAAUCAAAGUCUUGACCACAUCUGUGUUGCUGAGAAGAAUA